GAACAGAAAUUUGCUCCUUAUUGGUGCGUCACAAAUUUUUAUUUAACCUUACAAGCCAUGCGUCUCGGGCACUGUGGUAUUUGACCAGAACGCUUUGACUGUUCACAGGAAGUGGGUAACACGAGGGAGCGUGCUUUUAUUCGCGAACCCUGUUGGUCGGUUAGUAACAGGGGUGAAGGUUAGAAACAAAGAGUCACUUUUGUAAAUCAUUUUUGAUGUGGGACUAAAGUUAGUUUUGUUGUUGUUUAUUAAAACUUAACAUAUAACUCUUCAACAUUUUGGUCGUAACGUGAAUGACAGUCGUUUAUCCUGAGCUGAGUACCUGUGUCUGUUUCAGAGCCGUUUUGUAGAUGAUUUUCGUCUCUUAGCAACACGAAGUAACCUCUUCCUUUAAAAAGUAUUUUAACCGUGUCAUUCCAGGCUGAAAUUUUAAUCUACAAGAAAUCACUAUACUUGAGUCUCAGAAAUUUACUGUUCUUGUGAAAUGUUUGUUAACAUGAAAGUGAUGAACAAGCCUGAAGAAGAGCAAAAUGGAUCUGAUCCUCGUGCUGCUACCUGUCGGGGUAAGCUUCAAUACAGACGCUCUAAGCUGAACCAAGAGAUGAACAAGGAAAUGAUGAUGAGAAACGGGGCUGAAAAAUUGUUUAAAGUAACAACAAAUAAGAAAAUGCAAGAAAUGGUGGCUUUGGAGCUGAGUUUUGUUAACUCCAACUUGCAGCUUCUGAAAGAACAGCUGGCUGAAUUAAACAGUUCUGUGCAAAUGUAUCAGGAUGAAAGUGCCCAACAGUUAGUUCCAAUGAUUCCUCUUGGCUUGAAAGAAACUAAAGACAUCAAUUUUGUGGAACCAUUCAAAGACUUCAUCUUGGAACAUUACAGAGAAGAUGGAAAUCAUUAUGAAACCUCAAUUCAGGAGCUCAUGGGUAUACGACAGGCUCUCAAAACUCCUUCUCGUGACCAAAGUGGUGUGCAACUGCUGUUUGAGUAUUACAACUUGCUCUACUAUGUGGAAAGAAGAUUUUUCCCCCCACAUCGAAACCUGGGCAUAUUUUUUGAAUGGUUUGACUCACUGACAGGUGUACCGAGUACCCAGAAAACCAUAGCGUUUGAAAAAGCUAGUAUCCUCUUCAAUAUUGCUUCCCUAUAUACUCAAAUUGGAGCUAAACAGAAUCGAACAAAAAGUCCUGGAGUUGAUGCUGCUGUUGACAGCUUUCUUCGAGCAGCUGGAAUGUUCUGCUACAUCCGAGAAAACUUCAGCAAUGCUCCAAGCAUGGACUUAGCUCCUGAUACCUUGGAAACAUUGACUUACCUUAUGCUAGCCCAAGCAAGAGAAUGUUUGUUUGAAAAAUUAUCGUUGACCCCGGUGGAGAAGAUGGGGAUUGAAAUCUGUCUUGACACUGCUCAAGAAGCAGCUGAGGUAUCUGAGGUAUAUAAUCAUGUCCAUAAAGUGAUGUCGAGGCCAACGGUCAAGAAUUAUGUACCAUAUUCGUGGAUUAGUCUUGUUUGUGUAAAGUCUGAACACUAUAAAGCUUUGGCUCAUUAUUAUGUUGCUGUUGGUCUUUUGGACCACAUUGGCGAAUUAAGUGACUCAGCAAAGCUAGGCUUAGCAUUUUUACACAGACAAGACCAAAAAACCACCACAACCCCUUUUGACAUUAACGUUCCUAAGAACACAGAUGAACGCAGACAACUAGGAAAGGCACAUCUUCGGGAGGCUCUUUAUCUUCACGAAGAGGCUUUACGUUUGCACAGAAUGUGCCGCCAGUUGCGUCAAGUCGAUACAUUGCAGAAUCGGCUACGUGUUGAUCAUGAUGCUACACUCAAUAGGUAUGCAGAUAUUGAAGAAGAAGAUGACUUUCAGGAAAUAAUUGAUCCACCAGAUAUACAAGCAUCAACUAAAUACCAACUGUCCCUAACACCUCCAGAUUUCUCUCAGUAUAAAGUCAAAGACAUUUUUCAAGAACUGGGUCCAAUCAGCAUUUUUUCUGCUCGACAUCAAUGGACAGCUCCCAGAGUUCUUCAUAUAAAGAAAGACAGUAUGAGCAAUUAUGGGUUUAGUGUUAGAGGAGAUGCUCCAGUGAUUGUUGCUGGUGUUGACUGCAACAGUCCUGCUGAAGAAGCUGGUAUGAUAGAAGGAUACUUCAUCAUUUCUAUAGGAGAAAAGGAUACAAGAUGGUCUCAGCAUGAGGAAGUAGUGGAGUUAAUUAAGAACACAGGGAAUGAGCUCACUGUUAAAGUUAUUACACCUUUAAAUCAAAACUUCCUUCACCCCAAAACUAAUAGUCCUUCUGUAAGUCCAAUGUCUACAACUUCUAGUAACUGUGGCAUGAGUUCUGAUUCCAGUAUAUACCACACUGUGAGGAGUGUUUCCAGUGCAAAAAGUAAGGAUAGUCACAAACGUUUAACAUGGGGAAAUUUUUUCAGAAGAGGAGGAAUGAAACAACAAGAUUUAUCAAUUAGGUCUCAGCAAUAUAGUGCUACUCGAAACUAAAUGAACUUGAAACAAGAAUUUUUCUAUAGUAAAACACAAUAUAAACAUUAAAUAUAUAGUAGCAGAUUGGUGAAAAAUAUGACAUAGUUUCUAGUGUGAGAUUAUUUGUUUAUGUUUGAAAAAUUCAUUUGUAAAAAUUAUUGCAACAAAGAAAGGCAUAUUGAAGCUGGACUUCUGCCCCCUUUAAUCUCUUUUUUUUUUUAUUUGGUAGCAAGUGUGAAAGUUAAAAGACAUUGUAGCAUUACUCAUCACUAGUGCCAUCUGUUAGGUAUUUCCACGAAAAUAUAGAAAGUAGCUUCUGUAUGAAUUGUAAUACCCAUGCUUGUAUGCUGAAUAAUAAUGUACUGUUUAUAAAACUAAAAUUUCCCAAAUUAGAGAAUCAUGGUAUUCUCCUUGUAAACAAGCUUAACAGUUGUGCAUGUUAUAUAGUUCUGUUAACAGAGAGCACUUGUGUUUCGACUUAGAAAAGUUGUUGGUACUCUAAAAGAAAUGUCUUUUACACUUUUAGUAACAAAAAUUAGUAGAUUUGAAGACAGUGAAGCAUGCUAUAAUAUGCACUUUGUAUAUUGUUUUGUUUCUUAAAUUUAAAGAAAUUACUGGAGAUUUGUAACAAAGUAUACAUGUAUAUAUAUAGUUAUAUGUUUUUUACUUAAAGAUACUUAAGAAUGUAUAUUUCUCAAGAGGCAAUUAUGAGAUAUUUGCAUUUUCUUCAUUUAAAACUUUUUGUAGAAUCUGUGAUGUGAUACUUAAAUAGUUGACUUGGUGUCAAGGUUUAUCAGUUAGUGUUAAUAAUAUGCUUCAACCCUGUAUUUAACUGUAGGUUAUUUGUGAGCAGUUAGGGCUCUUUCUCUGCUAUUAUACAGCAUCACCUGAAGUUGAAUAUGUAUUUCUUUUUUUGUAUAAAAAAAACUGUUCAGUGGAAAUAUUAAACAAAUGAGUACGGAUACAUUACAAAGCAAUAGAAUGAAUUCUAUAAAAGUUUUUGUCACCUGCUGGUUGUAUGUAUAUUUUAAAAGAAGAAUGAUAAAAAUAUUUCAAUUCAUUGAUCUUAAUUGUUUCUUUUUUGUUUUUAGUUUUUGAACUGAAAAUAGUAAGCAUUUUGUUUACAUAAUUAUGAAACUUCUUAUUGACAAAUACUUUUACAAGAAACUAGGUUCAAUGGACAUGAUUUAUGACUAUUACUUUUCAAAAAAUAUUUAGAUUUGGUAUUUCUGAAAUACUUGGGAAGAAAAGAAAAUUAUUUUGAACCUCAUGAUUGAUUUGUUAUUAAUGUAAUUAAGUAGGACAAAUAGGUACCACUUCAUUUUCUUACUAGAGGGACAUAACAAUUUCAUAUUAAAACUUUAUUGAAGUGGUUUAAAACUGAUAUAUUGUGUGUAUUUUACUCACCUUUUAGCCAUUAAGAAUACUGAAUGCUAUGGUAGAUGUUUAUUUUACAUUGAAUCAUUAGGUAGUUGUCAAACUAUUGAAACAAUUAAUCUCAGUGUUGCAAGUACACAAAAAGUACAAAUAUUUCAUUUCACUUAGAUAACAGAAACAUUUUUAAAGCUGGAAGUUCUUAAGAGUUAUUUUAUUGGAUGACAUUUUGGUAUUUCUUACCAAAUUCAUAAUUAUUAACCCUGUUCCAUUAUUUACAAUGACCUAACAAAACUCAGGACAUACACACACAGUGAAGUUCCUGUAGACUUCCAUCUCUACAGCACAAUAAACUCUGUGUGCGUGUAUGUGUCUAGAUAUGAAUGUAUUUUGUAAAUUGAAUGUGUUGUUUAUUAAUAUGGUGAAAAACUCAUUGGAUGAAUGAGGAUGAAAAAAAAAUCAAAAUGGUCACAACUAGAGAUUGGAAAUAAUCUCCUUUUUUAAAAAUAUAUAUAUCAUAAUGUAGGAUAAAUUUACUUGGCCAUGGACAAGUAAUGGUUUUUAAACUAGUGAUAAAAGUAUUGAUAGCAAAAAGAGAAGCAUUUUUAUGAGGAUUUUAUAAUAUGAGAUGCUUGAAUAAAGCACUAUCAUUUCUUAACUUUAGGGGUUACUAGUCAUUAAAAAUUUAUAUUUGAAAGAAAAGAUUUUGCUAAAACUAGAAAAUAUUUAGGACUUCAUAAGUUCAUAAAAGCAUUUGACUAAAAUUUAUGUUUGACUAAGAGUUAUUUUAUGUUCAAUAUAAGAUUUCCUGUUAGAUUGAAAUGAUUUUUUUUGACCCACACUGUUAAACAGUAAUUUCUUUUUUGUGGUAUAAAGAACUUUGCUUAUACUCACAAUUGCUGUGUUGUGGCAAUAUAAAAUAUGAUUUUAACUUUUCAAAUAUUUUGAAUCUCAGAACACAACUACAGUAAACAUAAACUUAUAAAUAUCUCAAAAAGAAAAAAUGUAAAUGCUAUACUUUUUUAAACUCUUAAACAUUAUGAAUUUUGUUAGUUUUGUUGCUAUAACUGAACUAAUUUUGUCAGUGAUGUAACUUUCUAAAGAAAUUUUUUAAAAAGUUGUACACAUUUUUACAAUGCAGGUACAUCUUGCUGCUAUUAAAGAAUUUAUGUUCAUCAGUCUUCCCUGUACAAAACUACUUCAUAGGUAGUACUUGAGCAGUGAUUUUUGUCAUUACAUUUGCUUGAACUGAUGUGUGUAUUUGUAAAAUUAGAUAAUAUGUACACUUAGAUCAUCUCCUGCCAUUCUUUAUAAUAAAACAUUAUAUAUUGCA